CUUUUCCGAGUCGGCGACGAUCGCGGCGCGUCGAUGUCGACCUACACCAACUACAUCCAGCUAGAGAAGCUCGGCGAGGGAACUUAUGCGACCGUUUAUAAGGGUCGCUCCAGGACCAGCAAUGAAAUCGUGGCGUUGAAGGAGAUCAACCUUGAUGCAGAGGAAGGCACACCUUCGACCGCUAUCCGAGAGAUCUCGCUUAUGAAGGAACUCAAGCACGUCAAUAUCGUUCGACUUCACGAUGUGAUUCAUACUGAAACCAAACUGGUGCUCAUUUUUGAGUUCUGUGACUCGGAUUUGAAGAAAUAUAUGGACCAGCACGGCGAUCGAGGAGCCCUUGACCCAUCAACCGUCCGCUCAUUUCUAUGGCAGCUACUCAAGGGCACCAACUUUUGUGCGCGCUUUUUUACUCUUCCUUCCUCCCUUACACCAGUAGGUCAUGAAAACCAAGUUCUGCAUCGUGAUUUGAAGCCUCAAAAUCUUCUAAUCAACCGCAAAGGAGAGCUUAAACUGGGAGAUUUCGGUCUUGCCAGAGCAUUUGGUGUACCAGUAAACACGUUCUCGAACGAGGUUGUGACCCUUUGGUAUCGAGCUCCCGACGUUUUGCUAGGCUCGCGCACCUACAGCACGUCAAUUGAUGUCUGGUCUUGUGGCUGCAUUUUUGCUGAGAUGAUCACAGGCGUUCCUCUCUUCCGAGGCAAGAGCAAGGACACCCAAGAUCAACUUCUCCAUAUUAUGCGCAUUCUAGGCACGCCAACAGAGCAACAGCUUUCAAAGAUGGCGAAGGACUCGCCCGAAAUACAACUCAAACCAUUUCCAAGGUGUCCUAAGAUGGAUUUGAAGCAAGUAUUGCCUAAAGCAUCUCCUGCCGGUCAGUCCCGCUUCGCUGUCCAUGAGCCACUCUUUAAAGCUACUUCAGCAAUCGACCUUCUGGAGCGACUACUCAAAUUCGAUCCAGCGGAGAGAAUAUCCGCCGCAGACGCGUUAUCGCAUCCCUACUUCACCGAGACUGCUAAUGAGAUACCGUUCGGUAUGAAUGCACCUCCUGGCUCGAUGCCUCCGCCAUCUUUCAACUUCCCUCACCCCAACCGCCACCAACAACGCGCUCAACAUGUUCAACCUGGAAUGCAGCCCCAGUAUUCGAUGCAACCUCCGAUGUACCCUCAGCAGGGCUAUGUUCAGCAACCCCAGUACUAUCAACAACAGCAAUAUGGCCAACGCUGA